GCGGCCAUAAAGAAAACAGAUCUUCAAGGACUGAAGAGGAAGCAAGUAACCAUUAAUGAAAUAAUGGUCAUGUAGCACAUUAGGAAUCCCAGUGUUGUGAAUUAUUUAGACAGCUAUCUUGUGGACAAUGAACUCUGGCUGGUUAUGGAGUACAUGGAUGGAGGCACUCUGAGCGAUGUAAUUAAUGAGACUUAAAUGACUGAAGAUGAGAUUGCAGCUGUCAGUCAGGAGUGCCUGCAGGGACUCGAUUUUCUUCACUCCAACCACGUGAUCCACCGAGAUGUGAAGAGUUGCAACAUUCUUCUCAGAACCGAUGGCUCUGUCAAGCUGGAUCAGUAUAUUCUUGCUGAUUUUGGCCUCUCUGCUCAGCUCACCCCUGAGCAGAAUCAGCGAAAUUCYGUGAUCGGGACUCCUUGGUGGAUGGCGCCUGAAAUGGUGACACGUAAACCAUAUGGCSCCAAAGUGGACAUAUGGUCUUUUGGCAUCGUCUGUUAUGAAAUGGUGGAAGAAKAAGUUCCUUACAUCAAUGAAAGUCCUUCCUUGGCUCAGCGCCUGAUAGCCAGGCAUGGAGCCCCAGAGCUGCAACAUCCUGAGCUCCUCUCAGCUCUGCUGCGGCACUUCCUGAGCUGCUGCCUGCAGAGAGACGAGGAGCGGYGCUGGUCUGCCAAGGAGCUCCUGCAGUUAAAAUGCUCGCAGGCACUGAAGGAGCUGUGGCUGGGCACACUACAGCGGACCCAGGGAACCCAUGUGAGCCAUGUGCCUACCAUCAGAGCCCUGGAGAAGGAGCUGAUCCGCUGCCGUGCAGGCAGAACAUGGAGCACCAGGCAGCUGGAGACGGUUAUUGAAGAUCUGGAAAAGGCUGACAACAAGGACCAGCAAUGGAGGCAGCCAGUGAUGGACAAGAACUUGGCUUCUCUCCAGCAGCAAGGGCCCAGCACCAAGGGCGUUUUCAGAAGAGCCGGAAACACCAAAGCUCUUCAAGAGCUGCGGCAGGCCCUGGACCAUGGCCAGCCUGUGGACAUGGCCRGCCAGCCCGUGCUGCUGCUGGCCAUCAUUCUCAAGGACUUCCUAAGAAGCAUCCCCUCCAAGUUCCUCAUCUGUGACCUCUACGAGGACUGGAUGGCUGCAAUUCAGACUGCCAGUAUGGAAACCAAGAUCCGUCAGCUGCAAGCGGUGGCCAAGAAGUUGUCUGCGGCAAAUGUGCUCCUCCUCAGGCAGCUGCUGUCAGUGCUGAAAGACAUCAGCAAGAAUGUGUCCAGCACAAAAACGACCAUCAGCAACCUGGCCAUCUGCCUGGGGACAACGCUGCUGAGCCCACCCCAGGAGGAGCAGCUGGAGCUCCAGGCCCUGCUAGCCAAGAACCAGAAG